AUGGUACCCAACCCGCCUCGUAUACUUGUUGUCGGCGCCGGCUCUCGCGGUCGAGCUUAUGCUCGAGCCAUUCAAUCCUCGACUGACGGUAUCGUCACUGCAGUAGCGGAGCCUAACAAGUAUAAGAGAAGGCAGUUCGGCCAAAGCUACAUUUGGGGAUCACACGCUCUUCCGUCCGAAGGCGUCCAGUUCGAUGAUUGGCGUGACUUCAUUGCAUACGAGAAGGGCCGGCGAGCUCGAAUUGUGGCAGGCGAGACAGAUGUCCCGCCGGGCGUCGAUGCGGCCUUUGUGUGUGUUCUAGAUGAGAUGCACAGGGAGGUCAUUCUCGCCCUUACCAUGCUCGGAGGCUUGCACAUAAUGUGCGAGAAACCACUGGCCACAACUCUGCGGGACUGCAUCGACAUAUACGAGGCACUACGCACCAACACGAACGCUAAAGGGGAGCAGAUGAUCUUUUCUAUAGGCCAUGUCCUUCGAUACAGCCCCCAUAACAUGCUGCUCCGAAAGCUACUCCUCGAAGACCGUGUUAUUGGCGAUGUGCUGUCCGUUGUGCAUACUGAGCCCGUCGGUUGGUGGCAUUUCACCCACAGCUACGUCCGUGGUAAUUGGCGUCGAGAGAGUACCUCGGCGCCCAGCCUGCUGACGAAAAGCUGUCAUGAUAUCGACGUUUUGUUGUGGCUUCUCUGCUCGCCCGCCUCUUACAAUGCCCAGCAUGGCGAAACCCCCCAUUUACCAUCUACCAUCAGCAGUACGGGCUCGCUGCAGUAUUUCAAAAGGAGCCGAAAGCCGGCCGCCGCAGGGACGGCUACCAACUGCCUAUCCUGCCCUAUCGAGUCGUCCUGCAAAUAUUCGGCGAAGCGUAUAUACGUUACUCAGGAAGAGUUUGGAUUGGACUCGUUCAAUACCGACUGGCCUGUCAAUGUCGUGAUUCCCGAUAUCGAAAGUUACUCGGACAUGAAUGUGGCAAGGGAGACACUGCUUCGCGAACUGGCCAAGGAUUACGGCACUAACACACCCGCUUUGCAAAUCGAACAGAGCAACUGGUUUGGCCGAUGUGUUUACGAGAGUGACAACGAUGUGUGCGACGAACAGAUUGUCACCAUCACUUGGGAUGAUGACCCUGUUUCGAGUCUUCCGAGUUUCCCCCACGGAUUGGGUCAAGAAAAUCUCUUAGUUUCGAGCCCCUCGCGUGGUCGUGGCUCGAAGACGGCAACUUUCCACAUGGUUGCUCAAACGAACAAGAUCUGUCAGAGAUAUACGAAUCUGUACGGCGUCGACGGGGAGAUCUUUGCCGACUCGUCCACUAUUACGAUCCAUGACUUUCGCACCGGGGAAACAACCACCCAUUGCCCUCGGAACGAGGACCGCGGUCAUGGAGGUGGGGACCUAGGACUGACGCGCCAGUUCGUUCGAGCUGUUGACAAAGUCAAAAACCAUGGCUGGACUACCAACAGAGCGCAAACGGAACUGGUUGGUUGUACUCUAGAAGAAGUGAUGCGCAGCCAUGCUAUGGUCUUCUGUGCCGAAGAGGCAAGGAAGAACAAAAAGGUGGUCGAUUGGGGCGAGUGGUGGGCAAAGCAUGUGGAAGCCGGGGGCACUCUUCCUUUUGGCGAUUAA